AUGGGCACAUGGACGGCAAGUCUUUUUCAGAACAUUCUGGACUCGCGUCGGGAGAAGUAUGGCGAUGAGAAUGCCAAAACCCUAACCAGCAUGACACACAUGGGUGGAAUCUUGGAGAAGAGAGGUCAGCUGAAUGAUGCCCUUGACCAUUACGGUGAGGCGAUGCAUUAUCGGCGCGAGGUCCUGGGCGAUAAGCACCCGAAGACUCUCCAAAGCAUCGGGAAGAUGGCUGCCAUGUGCAAGCAGCACGGGCAGCACUAUGAGGCCCAGAUCCUGGCGCAAGAAGCGCUUUUCGGCUCUCGCAAGAUGUUUGGUGAGCAGGCACCCGAUACUUUGGAUGCGCUGAACAAUCUUGGAGCUGUGUGGAAGGCGCAGGGGGAGUUCAAAGAAGCGGAGAAGUGCUUCAGAGAUGCCUACAAGCGGCGGCAGGAGACCUUAGGGCCAAAGCACCCUGACACGCUGACUAGCCUCAACAACCUGGCAUGCACUGUGGAUGAGUUGGGCAAUGCCAAAGAGGCUGGCAAAUUGUACCAGCAGUGUUUAGAGAUCCGUCGAGAUGUCCUUGGACGUUCACAUCCCGACACACUGACAAGCAUGAGUAACCUAGCACUCUUCCUUCGCGCAAAUGGCCAGAAGACGGAGGCCGAGCCACUGCUUGUGAAGGUGCUGGAUGGUCGACGCAAGAUGUUUGGAGUCAAACACCCUGACACCAUCAUCAGCAUAAACAACUGCGCUGCAAUUGCCAGAGAUGAUGCACAAGACUUUCGAGAAAGCAACGACACGCAUGAAUUGAAGAGAGCCUUCGAGAAAGCCAGCACUCUCCUCAGAGAGGCUGUCGCCGCAUCUCGGAAGCAUCUGGGCAAGCGGCAUCCGCUUGCACUGAAGAGCAUGAACAAUCUGGCUGGCUUGCUUCGUGACAACGGCAACUAUGAUGAAGCCGAGAAGCUAUAUGAAAAAGUGGUGGACGGAAUGCGCUCGUCUCAAGGCUUCUAUCACCUUGACACCUUGACUGCUAUCAACAACCACGCAGGUGUGUUGAGACUUAUGGGCGAUGCACAACGUGCUGAAGGGCUUUACAAGGAAGCAGCUGAAGGGAUUGUGAAGAAGCUCGGGGACACGCACCCCGUCAGCCUGUCGACCUUGUACAACUGGGCAUUGACCUUGGACGAACUAGGUGACUUCGAGAGCGCAAUUCCGCUUUAUCUUCAUCACUUGGACCACGGGCUCUACUCUCCAGAGCAGCGCGUUGCUACAGCGCGCCAGCUGAGCGAGCGCAUGCGAAAGGCCGGCAAGCUUGACGAGGCACGCGAUCUUCGUCGUCGCAUGAACAUCCGCUAG